AACAUGGCGGCCCGUGGACGGAUGAAGUUAAAGGUCCACUUGGAUGAUAAUGGCAGGAUAUCAGAAAUAUUUGUAUCACCAACAACCAAAUGCCGAGACAUUGUACAGAGGCUACAAAGACAGAUUAGACAGACAAACUGUUGUCUUGUGGAAGUUUGGCAGGGAUGUGAACGACUUGUGCCUGAAGAUGAGCUAAUUCAGAGUACAUUACUUGAGUGGGAUACCGACCUAGAAGAGGUUGCGUUUUAUUUACGACCCUAUGAGGAGAUUUUAUCACCACACUUAAUGGUCCCAGUCACUGAUGGAAUUCAAAUCAUAGAAGAAGACGUACCACAGAUUUCAGGCUCUACACUUAUGGUAGCAAGAAAUGGCUUGCAUGAGAACCAUGGCAUCUCAAGGUAUAACAUGAGUGAAAGAUACUCACUGGAAGAUCUUCAGCAGUUAGCAGUUAGACAGCAGCAAGAAAUAGAGAUGAAAGAACGACUACUAGCUGAGAAAGAACAACAGUUGAAGGAGAUUAAACAGAGAACUCGUCAUAAAAUCAGAAGUACGUACAUAGACCAGUUGGAGACUCAGAUACACGAACAGGACAUGAAAAUGAGAGAACUAAGGCAAAUACAGGACGAAAUUGAAGCCUACAGAUUGAACAAUAGUGUUUUGGACGAAGAACUGCAGUCCAUGGAAACACUGUUUACCAUCAAAGAACAGGAACUAGCGAUAGCUGCUGCUAAAGUUGAAGGUUUGACUAAACAACUGAAUGAACAGCGAGAAAAAUGGAAGAACGCCUCUAACCAGAAUGAAAGAAAUAAGGAAGAGAUUGAGGUGGACAGACUGCGUCAGGAACUCAUGACAAGGAAUGAGCUGAACCAUCAGCAGAGUGUCCAAAUGCAGGCACAAAAACAACUUCUAGCAGAAAAACACAAAGAACUAUUUGAACUGGACUCACAAAUCGACCAACUGACUCAAGAACUGCACAAGAAAAGGGCAGGGAAUGUGCACUCCACGCCCAACACAAACCACAGGAAUGGAACAGCCAAUCAGGACGUGUCUGACAUGGAAAACGGUUUGUGGGAAAAUGGGGAAUCAUUUGAUUGGAGUGAAUUCGCCAAUACUAAGGAUACAUAUGACGAAGAAGUACGCUUAAACUACAACGACUCCGACAUGAGUAUAAGCGGGCAUCGUUCACGGCAGAAUAAUUCUAGGCCCUUAGAGACACUAGUAGAGGAAGAAGAGCCAUUGUCACCUGGUACGAGUAAGACGUCUUCAAUAGAUGGCAGUUCCAAUAGUCAAGGAGUUCCUCUUUCUCCCAAACAGGGACGCAAAUCUCGCGUGUCGCGGCUGGCUACAUUUUUUGAGGCGGAAGUUGCGGCUCAAAAUGAAUCUAAGGAUCGUAAAGGCGCCAAGAAGGACGCGUUUAACGAAUCUUCUUAUGAGUCGAGGGGAAGUACUUUAGAAAUGGGGCCAAAACACGUUGAAACUAUGAACACAAGAGGACACGAAAUGAUAAAUAACAGUUCAAUGAAACUACAAACGUCAUUAGGUCGGGAAUCAGAGAAGGCAACUGAUAAUAUAUUUUAUCAUCGACCAUUCGGUUCGUCUCCACUCAGUUCUCCGUCUUCUUUAUCUUCACUCUCUUCGUUUUCGUCGACAUCUUCAACGAGUAGAACUAUAGGUAGACAUGAUGAGCUUCGAAUCAAUCCAGAAAAUGCGUUGAGAAGCAGGGAAUCCAAGACUACUGGGCUAGAGACGUCGUCUGUUAGUACCUCUUAUGAAAAACCUCGAGAAUCUUAUUAUGAGAGUGAAGGAUACAGUGAGUUGUCGAACAGUGUGGAAGGUUCACCCUCAAGUACACAAGACUUUAGUAGAGAUAAGACUACAACGGGCAAUUCAAAUUCUCCAUUUGGAAACGUAAAAACAUCUUUGCAACAGCUUAGGUCUAUGGCUAUAUCACUAAGUGAGUCUGGUCGAACGACGAGUCGAAGGGGUUUGGGUGUGUCGCAGUCUCCUCACGAGACAAAUUCACAAGGACAUGCGAGUCAACAAGAAGUUCCUCAUGAUGAAGAAGUUCAUACAAGGUCCCAACAGACUGUCAAUUUUAUGGUUAAACCUACGGGGACAUCGUUUGUUCCACAAAAGACGAACACAACUGAAGUUCCAACUCGGAAAACAAGCUCUCCUUCUGUAGCUAUGGUGUUUGCUUCUUCUCCGGUUAGAGAUAUUUUAUCUAGCGAUGGCGAGGAUGGCAGAACAGAAUCAAAUCAGAAUCAAACAAAAAGACAUAGUUAUGGAAGUCAAGAAAGAAAGUUUCCCGUUGCUCCUAUUCGUAAGGCAUUAUCUUCUGAGGAAAUUUCAAGUAAAAAAAAUGAUAACACUGACCCAGUAUUUAGUACUAGCUCAUCUCAGGCAGUUACUAAGGUUAGAAUCACGCUAACGUCGUCAGGAAUACAUCCAACACCAACUACACCAGAGAUAUCUGACCACACGAGGGGAGAAAAUGUUGAAUUCACAGAUAUAAAUAUCCUUAAAGGAGAUGGUAAAUCACAAGACAGAAUGCGAACUGCUAGGGUUAUAGCUAUCGACCCUAAGGAACCUUUCACAGUUGAAAAGGGUAGUCCAGGUUCAUCGCGGUCAGCGGACCCGGGAAGUAGUGUCAUGACAACCACUUCCAGCCAAUUACGAGCUACGCCCACAAAUAAACAGAACGUUCAUAGUACGUCGUUAACAGAAGAGAAAAAAUAUGGUGAUACAGAUAAAGGAAAAGUUAGUUCACCAGGUCCCCAGGAAACGCCUACGUCAGGAGAGAGGAAGAGAGUACGUCACGUGAUCCUUGAUCCUCAUGCUGUACUACUGGACGCUGCAGUCGAGGGGGAACUGGAACAAGUAAAACGUGUCAUCAGAGAUGUAGAUGAUCCAAGCUUAGCUAACAAUGAUGGUAUAACCGCAUUGCAUAAUGCUGUCUGUGGUAACCAUGACUCCGUGGUGAAGUUCUUGGUAGAGUAUGGAUGUGAUGUUAACCUACCAGACUCACAUGGGUGGACUCCACUCCACUGCUCAGCUGCCAACAACAACAUCAGUGUCAUAAAGUACUUGGUUGAACAUGGUGCUUGUAUCUUUGCCACCACUGGACUGCAGAAGAAGACUCCCGUGCAGUGCUGUGAGAAAUCUCUUCCUGGCUACAAAGAGUGUGUUGACUAUCUCCGAGAUAUUCAAGAUAACUUUGGAAUGACUUUUGAUGGUAAAGUGUACGCGCUAUUUGCAUACAACGCGAAUGAAAAAGACGAACUGAGCUUCGAGUGCGGGGAAGAGCUGUAUGUGUUAAGAAGGGGAGACAGUAACGAGAAGGAAUGGUGGUGGGCAAAGAACAGCUCAGGACAACUGGGAUAUAUUCCUAGAAAUCUCCUUGGGAUAUCCCCUCGAGUUGCACCUGAAGUUUGACUUAAAGGUAGUCCACUAAUACAACUCCUCCUGGCAUGCUAGACUUCAGUCCACUUCUGUGUGAGGGCAAAAGUCAGCUAAGUAGAGCAAGAGAGUAUGAAGUACUCCAGUAAAUACUUCCAACUCUCUUGGUAGAGAUUUAGAUGUUAACGAAGACUAACUCCCAAACGGUCCCAUUAUGCUUGAGGAGGUCCAUCUAUACUGUUAGGGCACAACUAAGUUGAGAUAUAGCCUCCUCCGCAGGCGUCUUUCGUCUUUUUCUUUUUUGUUGAAUACUGCAAAUCCCUCAAAUGCCCUCAACAGAUCCCAUUGACUUCAGUCGAUCCAUAAUAUACAAGUCAGCUAGGGCAUGCAAGUAUAUUAGAACAUAUGAACGUGAAAAUUCAUGAAACGUCCGAUGAGCUGUGGUUUCGCGUACUUUGAUUCGUUUGAGUUGGUUCUGUGACUUUGAAUCAUGCUCCGUGAGCUGUAUUGGUACACGUAACGCAUGAGAAACCAAACUAACUGAAUAUGUUCCAAGUAAAGAAUCUUAUUCCUAAAUAGCUGUAUUAAAAAAUAAAAAUUACUAUUAUGCUAAAUGGAUCUCAAAGUUUGCAACCAUCGCUUUACAAUAUAUCUUAACUGAGCCGUGAGUGAAUAAAAAGUGUAAUCUGAUGUUUUUACUUUCAAUCUAUAAAAUAGAUAAUCAUUAAUUAUUAUCAAAUUAUAUAAAUUGUCAAUAGGGCUUUCGCCCUCGAACCAUGAUUGGACAGUGUAUCUUUCUUUACGUUGUGAUUGGUUCAGAGCUGGAGUGGAAGCCAUUCCAAUGUUAUACAUAGAUACUUUUUCCAUUCAGACUUGCUUUAGUGAGUUUAAUAUUUAUUUAUUUUCAAAUACAGCCGCCGAGCGUAAGCAUAAAAAUACAGGAUGAAAUAUUUAAAUUAUUACAGUUAAAUUUUCACAAUAGUGUUAUAAAAAAGAUUCUGUUUGUGUUUAUCGCGGUUUUUUGUCCUUAUUAUUUUUUCUACGAUGAAUGUGAGUUUGAUAACCUUUUUUAAAUCUCAAAGAGAUAUUUAUUAUAUAAAUAUUACUUAA